AUGUAUAAACGAUUCUUUACCACUAAAUCGAUAUUUAAAUCGCUGAUAACCCAGAACCCCCAACUACAGAUUCAGUACGGGUAUAAGUCGGUGAUUUUAUUAUCCACGCCAUCUGUUUUACCCAGUGUUAUCAAACAAUCCAUAAAUUUCUAUGAUGAGAAUAUUCAAGUUAUAGUAGGAAGUGUUGAUACUGUUAAAUCUGCAAGACAUGGAGUAAGUGAACUCUGGUGUAAAGAUAGAGUUGAAAUCCUCAAUGAGGUGGAAUAUAAAGAAAAUGAUGACACAGUUAGAGAGCGUGACGGGAUCAACAUUGUCACUGUUGCAAAUAAAAAUUGGGAAAUGACUACAAGUAACUUGAAGCUCAAUUUUGAUGGCUUGAAGUUAGAGUUACCGUUAUCCAAUACAAUUUUCACUAUGAAUCAACCAGUAACGUUAUUUUACCUCGACAAAUUAGCCAAAGGCAAAAGUGACACCAUUUUGAAAGAAUUAGAGAUCAACUUACCUUUGACUUUGACUGGAAGAUUAUCCGAUAAAUGGACAAAGUUGACUGAAGACUUAUCCAUUACUGAAUCUGUUGGGAACCUCAUAAAGAAAAUCGACGGCAAGCCAGCAUCUAAGUUUUUACAAGAGAAUGAUGAAUUAAUGAGUAUUGGAUCCAAAGAAACUGAAGUUUAUGUUAAGAUUAACGGUAGAUAUAGAUAUCAAGUUAUCGCUGGAGGUGGUGGAUGGGGUGCCAAAGCAGAUACUAUUGUUUUGAGUCCAUCAGCAAAGAUCCAAAAGGGAGAUAGAAUCCAAUUCUACAUGUUAACCCCAGAAGCCAAAUCAGGAACUAAGUUUGCAUCAUCCGUCAAACAAUUAGACCAUUCCCAUAGUCACAGUCAUACUCAUAGUCAUACUCAUAGUCACAGUCAUUCACAUAGUCAUUCACAUUCAACCGAAACCCAAUACCCCCAUUCAAGCACCGAUAUCGAAAUUGAAUGUUCUCAUAUGGAGCAACAAUUCGGAGAUCACGUCAAACCCCAAGAAUUUGAUGGUUUCUCUGUAGGAAGUGAAGCAGGAUUCAAGUUUAAUGACAUAGAACAUAGAUCAGUAGGAGAGAAGUUAAUUAUGAAUAGUUUUUGA